AUGGUAUCCGAGUAUCAAUCAAUCACGACCGACAUCACAGAGGAAAAAGUGGAACGGGGAGAGGCUGAGAAGAGGCCUCUGAAGUUUCCGUGGAUUGGAAUCGUAUGGCGCUUCACGGGCUCUCUGUUCUGCUUUAUUUUCAUCAUCGUCAUGCUCUGGGGGUACGAACGCAUGGGCGUCCUCAGUUCCUGGGACCGUCGAGGAUUCAACACGCUGAACAUUCUCUUGUCGGCCUUUGUGAGUUUGGCGCUGGGUUCGUUGCUGACGCUCCUGGGCCACACGCUCCGUUGGCAUCUCCUGCAAAGAGAGGCAGCAACUCCAGGGAACGUUGAUCUCAUUCUGGGAAUUGGCGAACCGACCGGCUCUCUCAGGCUUCUUUGGGGCCACACUUGGCGUGGCAAGGGGUGGACCAAAACAACGAUUAUUGUGCUGCUCUACUUCAUUGCCUCGAUUCUUGCUCGAAUCAGCGUCGCCGGUCUGGGCUUGACAUUUGAGUUGAACGAGGAGGCCGGGGUCGAUUACCCGGUCAUGAUGACGGAUUGGAGAGAUCCGGGAUGGAUAACAGAACCCGAUCCCCGAGAGACUCUGCGCAGGUUUGUCGACUUUGCUUCGGUUGGGCUGGCAACAUCCCCUUUAUCCCUGAACAAGUCGGAUCCGGCAUCAUGGACCACCGACAAUGUCGACGGGCUGGGUGUGAAUCGAACAGUGGAGGGCCGCAUGCUCACUUACACCUUCUCCCUCAAUGAGUAUCGCGGUCUGGAAUUCGAAUCCAACAAAGACCAUGUCGUCCACAGCUCGUCGAGCUGCAUCGUCCGGAACUUUUAUAAUGGCACGGUUUACCAGGAUGGGAAGAGCGUGGGAGAAGUCACGGCUACAAAGAUGGAACAAAUCCCACGUGAUGAUCCCGAGUACUUGCAGAUACUCUCUGGACUUCUUUUACAUUUUCCAACGGCGUUUGUCGAUUACAUCUGGACUGCUGGUAUCAACGAGGAGACAAUCGGUCAGAAUACGUCAGGGUGCAUGACGACUUACAUAUACAGGGAAGAUCACCUAAGCUGGAAGGACUUAAACAAACGCAACGCCAGCUAUUUCGGAUGCACAUCCUGCCUCUCCACUUCUUCUGCGCACUCUGGAUCGUCAUCCGAGCCUCGGGCUGGCUUGUCUCCGGCCGUCUUCUCGGAACUCAUCCCAUCGUCCAACUCGUCCUUUGCAACCUACAUGCUUCUCGGCAUGGGAACAUACGAACGCAUCAACCAGUACAUGGAUCCUGUCAACCUAUUCACUCGCAUUUAUUCAGCCAUGGACAAACAGACCCACCUUGUCAACUAUGCUGGUCAAGGCUUGCCCUCAACGAAGACGAUGUCUGACUGGUAUCUGAGACCGGUCCCCAUCGCGGAAGAGGUCUAUGUCGCCCACUUGGCUGCAAGGUUACCCAUCUUGGGAUUCGUCGGUGCUCAGAGACAAUUACCAAAGAUCACGAAGGAGAAGGGGGCGUCCGAGAAGCCGUUUAUUCGGACGGUGCUGCAGGUAAAGUGGAGGAGAGCCAUGGCCGUCAUGAUUGCUAUUAAUGCUUCGGCUGUGUUUGUCAUUUUGGCGGUUUAUUUGGCAUGCAGGAAGGUGAUGAUUCCCAAUAAGGGGCGAGAUAGCCCCCUGCUGACGGCGAGGUUCUUGAAUGAGUUUAUUGCUGGCAGUUGGGGAAAGACUACGGGUGUGGACACCAUGAGGGAGAUUGCGGAGAGGACGAAAAAUGUCAGGCUGAGGUAUGAGACUAGGGGGGUCUACUUCAACUGGUGCAAUUAG